GCUUUCUCUUCACUCAAAAUAACCUCUGACGUAAUCUCUUUACUCCCACAACACGCAGAGAUAUAAAACUUUCUCCGAGAGAGAGAGAGAUUUCAAGUCGGUCGGUUCUGUUUUUUUUUUUUAAACUCUGAAACUAAACUCGGUUAAUUCCGGUUUAAGCGCGAAUUUUCCUCAUAAUGGAUCAUCUGACCCAAGGGUUGUGCCGAGAAGCGGUGACCGGACUUGAAUCGCUCAGUUUCAGCGACGAGAUUCAGCAGCUGGUGAUGAUGCCGCCGGAGAUGAACACCGGUUCCUUCACGUCUUUGCUCGAGAUGCCGGCGACUCAGGCCAUGGAGCUUUUCGCCGGAGAUAUCGCUCGCUUCUCGGUGGUUGCUGCUGAAGACCAAAACGGAAACUUCUCCGGCGAGUCCGCACCUUCGAGUUCGACAGGUAGAGUCAAGUCCGAGCCUUGUGAGAACGAUUCAUCUCAGCGGCUCGUGUCUUAUCCAACGGCUGAGAACCAGAAUCAGAAUCAGAACAAGAGGAAAGAGCGUGGGAAGAAGGUCAAAAGCUCGAUGAAGAAGAACAAGAGCUCUGAUGAAGCAGAGAAGCUUCCGUAUGUUCACGUUAGAGCUCGUCGUGGUCAAGCUACUGAUAACCAUAGCUUAGCUGAGAGAGCAAGAAGGGAGAAGAUAAACGCACGAAUGAAGCUGCUACAGGAACUGGUCCCAGGCUGUGACAAGAUUCAGGGCACUGCAUUGGUACUGGAUGAAAUCAUCAGCCAUGUGCAGUCUUUACAGCGUCAAGUAGAGAUGCUAUCUAUGAGGCUUGCUGCAGUAAACCCCAUAAUCGACUUCAAUCUCGACAGCAUAUUGGCAUCAGAAAACAAUUCUCUUAUGGAUGGUAGCUUCAACGGAGAAGAAUCUUAUCAUCAUCUGCAACAGUGGACUCUCGAUAGCUACCUCCCGUUGGAGUGGGGAAGAGAAGAGGUUCAUCAUGAAGCCAAUUUCUUGAUGAGUUCAGCUACUUUGCACCCAAAUCAGAUGAAAAUGGAGCUAUAAGUUUCCAAACGAGUUGACAUGCUUUUGUAUAUAUAAGAGAGAUAUUAUCUCCUGAGGUUUCGGUUGUUGUUUUUUAGGUAGAAAAUGAGUAUGAACUUACGACCAUGGCUUUCUGUAUAAUUCAGAAUGUUUCUUCAACAACUUUCACAUGGAACCA